UGAAACUACUAACUAGUGGUUUUUUUUUCUAUGCUACCAUGAACGUUUCCUGUUUACCGGCUAUUAAUUCCCUAGUUAGUAGUCGUUAUGAAAGCUCGACGAAAGCGAAAGUCGACGCUUUCCCGUGUUACCUGAUUUGAAGUCACGUGAUUUAGCAUAACCCGAACGACAGCUGUGACACACCUCCUCUACGUCCCGGCUGUGCUCCUCCUCCAAGUGUUAAAGCGAAAGUAAAUCAUGACUCCAGUAGGAUCGAGUUGCAAGCUGCAACAACAGCCCUCUGCAACUCGAUCAACCAAGGGAUGACAUCAGGACGCUGCCAGUGCUCCUCUUUAUACGUGGAAUAGAAGAACCAUGGUGCCACAAAAUGGACCGAGCAAUUGAUGGCGCCCAGAACCCAGGUUUUGCUGGCAGCCAACAGCGGAGAAAAUGGUGAACCCAGCAGUCAUCCAGUGGAGGUUUCCCUAUGCUAUAGGAUGGUUAAAGAUAAGCUUAAGAGAACAGUAAGAAAGAAAAAGAAUUCAAAACAAAAGAAACAGAAUCAAGUUCCAGACGAGCCUGCGACAUCUCAACAAGUCCCGAAUACGGAACACGAGAAGCAGGAUGUUGCCGAGAGGCCGCUGGAGACGUUGGAAUGGAGCCACUUGCAUAAUCUCCACCUCUCAGACGAUCAACUUGAAACCUGGUGUCAGAGUGGAGCGGCCGCUGCCGACUUGCCCACUCACCAGCGUCCAUUCAACAGCUGGAAAGAGUACAAACUGGUGAAGCGCACUUACCAGCAGCUCCAGCACAGUUCCUACUACUGGGGAUCGAUGAACAUGGAGGAGGCACACAAAAUCCUCUGGCUGACCUCACCGGGCACCUUCCUCAUCAGAGACAGCGGGCAGUCGGACGUCUUCUUCACCUUGAGCUACCACAGCGACGACGGGCCAACCAGCGUCCGUGUGGUACUCAGAAAGCUGCUCUUCGGACUCUGCGGGAGCCAAAAGACUUUCGCCUCCCUUUUUGAUCUGCUGGCUUACUACAGCGGCCCGUCACGCAAACUGACCACACCGUAUCGCCGGCAGCGGCCUGAGUGCCUCAAGCAGAUCUGCAGGAGGGCUCUGGUUCAGACGUACGGGGCAGAGAACAUAAGAAACUUAGCAGGACUCAGUUGUGAGGUGAAAGACUAUGUUCAUGAGUAUCCUUACUCGAUAUAGUGGGAACACAACAUUAUAUAGUAUACAUAAAUGUAUAUUGCAGGGACUUGUCUGCCAAAAAAAAAAUAAAAAGUCUUUUGAUUGAAAUAAUAAUUUACCUUAUUGGCCC